UCUUUCUGCUCAUCCAGAUUAAAAAACCCCUUUUUUUCGUCCCCCAAAUGGCUUCCUCUGCGGCGGCGGCGGUGGCUGCUGCGGGAGCCGUGAUCACCCCAUCGAAGUCAUCCCACCCGCCCUUCUCCGCUGCCUACCGCCUCCCCUUCCCCCUCCCCAAGCCCCUCCAUUCACUCUCCACCCGCCACCCCCACGUCCGGCCCAUCUCCGCCUCCGCGGACCGCCGCCAGCUCCCCUCCGCUGCCGCCCCCACUGCCGAUGCCACGACCGCCCCUCUCCUCCGUAACUUCGCCCCGGAUGAGCCCCGCAAAGGCGCCGACAUCCUAGUCGAGGCCCUUGAGCGGGAGGGCGUCACCGACCUUUUCGCCUACCCCGGCGGCGCCUCCAUGGAGAUCCAUCAGGCUCUCACCCGCUCGCCAUCUAUCACCAACCACCUCCUCCGGCACGAGCAGGGGGAGGUCUUCGCUGCCUCUGGAUACGCCCGCUCCACUGGUCGCCCUGGCGUGUGCAUCGCCACCUCCGGCCCUGGCGCCACCAAUCUCGUCUCCGGUCUCGCCGAUGCCCUCCUUGACUCCGUCCCUCUCGUCGCCAUCACCGGCCAGGUCCCUCGCCGCAUGAUCGGCACCGACGCUUUCCAGGAGACCCCCAUCGUUGAGGUCACCAGAUCCAUCACCAAGCACAACUACCUGGUCCUCAACGUUGAUGACAUUCCCCGCAUCAUUAAAGAAGCCUUCUUCGUAGCCACCACGGGCCGCCCUGGCCCGGUGCUCGUUGACAUCCCCAAGGACAUCCAGCAGCAGCUUGCCAUCCCUGUAUGGGACCCACCGCUCCGCCUUCCCGGCUACAUCUCCCGCCUCCCCAGGCUUCCUGCACGCCCUCUGCUCGAUCAGAUCCUCCGCCUGGUGUCGGAAUCCCGUCGCCCAGUCCUCUAUGUUGGUGGUGGCUGCUUGAACUCUAGCGAGGAGCUUCAUCGGUUUGCAGACCUUACUGGCAUCCCCAUUGCAAGUACCCUAAUGGGUCUCGGGGCCUAUCCCACCGAUGCUGAGCUAUCAUUGAAGAUGUUGGGAAUGCAUGGGACGGUCUAUGCCAACUAUGCCAUCGAUAAAGCUGAUCUGCUGCUUGCAUUUGGUGUAAGGUUUGAUGACCGUGUGACUGGAAAGAUUGAAGCUUUUGCUAGCAGAGCAAAGAUUGUGCACAUUGACAUUGAUCCGGCUGAGAUCGGGAAGAACAAGCAGCCACACGUUUCAAUCUGUGCUGAUGUGAAGUUGGCAUUGCAGGGAAUGAAUGCAUUGAUGGAGGAGACUGAGAUUUAUCGAAAGUUUGACUUUUCGACCUGGAGAGAAGAACUGGACAAGCAGAAGAAGAUAUACCCAUUAAACUAUAAGACUUUCGGGGAUCAGAUUCCUCCCCAGUAUGCAAUUCAGGUGCUUGAUGAGCUAACGAAUGGGGAGGCAAUCAUUACUACUGGUGUUGGGCAGCACCAGAUGUGGGCCGCACAAUAUUACUCAUACAAGAGGGCACGGCAGUGGCUGACAUCUGCCGGACUAGGUGCUAUGGGUUUCGGUUUACCAGCAGCAGCUGGUGCAGCUGUUGGGAAUCCAGGCGUUACUGUCGUGGACAUUGAUGGGGAUGGGAGUUUCCAGAUGAAUGCUCAGGAACUGGCAAUGAUUCGGAUUGAGAAUCUUCCUGUCAAGAUUAUGGUGUUGAACAACCAGCAUUUGGGCAUGGUCGUGCAAUGGGAAGAUCGAUUCUACCAUAGAAACAGGGCACAUACUUAUCUGGGGAACCCAGCAAAUGAGACUGAGGUAUUCCCUGAUUUCUUGAAAAUCUCAGAGGGGUAUGGCAUACCUGCUGCUCGUGUCACGAAGAAGAGUGAGGUUAGAGAAGCAAUCAGGAAGAUGCUGGAAACAUCGGGGCCUUACUUGUUGGAUGUGAUCGUGCCACAUGAGGAACAUGUGUUGCCUAUGAUUCCAAGUGGCGGUGCGUUUAAAGAUAUGAUACUUGAUGGAGAUGGAAGAACACCAUAUUAGUGCUUUUUAAGAUAGGUAAUCAGUUCAGUUCUGUUGUGGCAUUGAGUAUCAGUUCUGUUCUGUCGUGGCUUGAACUAUGUAUUUAGGACACUAUAGUACUAUCUUUCCUGUUGGUAUGAUGAGUUUUUCUCUGGCUUUGGUCAUAUCUAUGAACUACGAAAUGUUAUAGUCAUGUCUACGACCUACGAGGACUGGUCAAUCUUUUUCUUCCGUCCUGUUGUGUGUUUUGAUCAUUAGUUAUUACAUAGUUUGUUCGCUAUCA